CAAGAAUAGUUAGUGUGAUCACAAAAUCACUGUAAAGAAGAACCAAUUAUAGAACCGGUUCAACAUGCUGGGUUGACCCAAGUUUAAUGAUUGGAUUAGGAAGUAGGAACUAAGAAAAGAAGGCACCCUCUGCACGAUUUUGGCGGGAGGUUUUCCCGCCAGAUAAGGGAGUACAAAUCUGAACAGUUCUCUCUCCUAAAAAACUCAUCUCACACUCUCUCUCGACGUCCGCGACCAAGAAGAGUCAUCUGAGCCCCGUUUUCAUUUCCAAUUAGAAGUGAGCAACUGCCGCCUUUCUUCCGCCGCGCGCGUUUUACAUUAUAGAAAAGGAGCCUCGCCGCCGCUGUUUUCUUUCUUCUGCGAUCUAACAAGAGGCGGCUUUCAAAACUCUUCAGUCGGUGACGAGGGCACGAUUCAGGUGAACUUAUCAAAAUCUUGGUUGCUAGGACAAAGCUAGGUCUAGCUGUUUAGAAACUUACAAAUGUAAGUUUUAUGAAUUCCCCUAAGAAAUGUAAAAUCUCAAUCUAGGGACCAUUUUCGUCUGCUUGCCGUUUGAUCGAUUCUAGGGUUUCCCGAUCCAAAUUCUUGAACUUAAGUUUUGCGAGAGUUUCUCAUCUGGAGAUGCGUUUUGUUUUAUCUUGUUCCGGAAUUCGAAGUCAAAUUAUCACUUAUGUGUAUGUUUGGUGUGUUGGAGCAGAUUCUUCUGACAGGGAUGGUGAUUGAAGAAGCCGUCAAUGGGAGGGAUGACAUGUUGAUUGAUGGUCAAAUGGCUGACCAGGUCCUCCCAAGUGGAUUCAACCCUAAUUUUCUGAAACUUUACUAUGUGAAACUCUUCCCUUAUGGAGAUAUCUUCAGAUGGAUGUCUUACGGGAAUGAUGGAAAACAUCCUGCUUGUGACAAAUCUUACUUCGGCAGGAGAGAGCUUUCGUUCACCCUUGAGAAUGAUAUUUAUUUGCGGUUUCUGUCCUUCAACAGCGUAUCAGAAUUGGAGAAAGGCAUCAGGGAGAAGUGUCCAUUUAAAAUAGACAUUGGUCCUGUUUACAGCGUGGAUCCUGCCAAAAGGCAUGCUUAUGCCCAGAGUGGUGAGAAUGUUUUCAAACCAGUGGAGAGGGAGCUCAUCUUUGACAUUGAUAUUACAGACUAUGACGAUGUCAGGUAUUGCUGCUCAGGUGCUGAUGUGUGCCUGGACUGCUGGCCCCUGAUGACUGCUGCUAUCAAAGUUAUCAACACUGCCCUAAGAGAUGACUUUGGUUUCAGACAUAUUCUCUGGGUUUACAGUGGCCGGCGUGGUGUACAUUGUUGGGUUUGUGAUGGGAAAGCAAGAAGAUUGACUAAUGAACAGAGAGCAGCUAUUGCUGAUUAUUUUCGCGUAUACAAGGGUAGCGAGAACAGUAAGAAAAAAGUUUCUCUGACUGGCCAUGCUCUUCAUCCUUUCUUGGUGAGAUCUUACACAGAAGUUCUAAAGGAUUUAUUUGAGCAAACAUUGCUUUCAAGUCAGCAAAUUUUUUCAACUGAAGACAAAUGCGAGAAAGUUCUAGAGAUGAUUCCAGAUGAAUCUGUUUCUGCUGAGCUCCGAGGGAGGUGGCAGAAGAGGUCCUCUGGUUCAAAAGACAACAUUAAUGCUGUUCGAUGGGAGCAUCUGAAGCACACUCUGCAAUCUGGAAGACACAAGGGACAAGGCCUGCGUAGGUGUGUUGAAGAAAUUGUGUUCUCUUUCUCCUAUCCCAGGCUUGAUAUGGAGGUCUCCAAACACAUGAACCACUUGCUGAAGGCACCAUUUUGUGUUCACCCGAAAACUGGUCGUGUCUGUGUACCAAUAGACCCAGUCCAUUGCCAUGAUUUUGAUCCUACGACAGUUCCAACACUUUCACAGCUGCUACAAGAACUUAACUCAGGGGGAAUGGGGCAGGAAGGGGAUAAUGACUGGGACAGAACAUCACUUGGCGAAUCUGUUAGGUUUUUCCGAUCAUCGUUCUUGGAACCUCUUCUGAAAUCUUGCAAGGAGGAGAUGGAGAGUGCAUACAACUCAAAAUUGCAGCAGUCAAAGAACUCAAUGAUUUGGUAGCCCCAUUCUCCUCUUUCCAUCACUCUAGAGGGGAUCCAUGGGAAAUCCAUUUUUCUUCACACUGCUGUGAUGAAUCAAUGCAAUGUAUACAAGAAUCCAGAGGCAGCGUUUUCUAGUUUCUACCCAGAAUCUUAAACUGUUAGCCAAGUAUAGUAUCCUUCACAAAGUGAUAGGUUUAACUUUUAAGUGAGGGAUUUUGUAGCAAUAUCUUCAUGAACAUCGCAUUAAACCCUAGCGCACAGAAAUGAGCAACCAUUAUCGAUACUUUCGCGUCCUAAUCGAUCGUCUAUGAUCAAUCCAUCCAUUUCUGUAGCAAACAAGGAAAGCUGAGUCAGUGAGUGUUCUCAAAAUCCACAUGGAGAAGACCAGUUAUGGUAGAACCAAAUCAGCUGGCUACACAUUACAUUACACUACACAUAUUUGCCAACAAAUGUACACAACAACC